AUGGCGAGUCUGCCGCCUGAAAUUUGGGCAUUGGUCCUGGAUUAUGUCGCUCAUUCCGACUUGAAAAACUGCCGUUUACUUAAUCGGCAGACCUGCUGUCUUGCGUCAGGCUUGUUCUUUUCAAAAUUAUGUACCACUCCAAGCCAUAACAGCUUGAAUCGAGCCGCAAAUAUUGCCAGAAACCCAACUAUUAGCCAACACACGAAAACGUUUGUAUAUCAUAUAGAUGCUCUGCACAACGAACCCGAUCAAUAUCAGCUACAUCUUCUACGGCACUUCCGUUCGGGGCCCAACCCUCAUGGUUCUGAUCUUGCUCGUGAGCAGAAGUACUCCCGUUUGGACGAGCUCACUGCUGACCUCGGUAUAGCAAAAGAAAUGAUAGAGGAUGAUGGUGAAGGGUAUAGGCUGCAGCGCCUCCUGACGAAACUUCCGAGCCUGAAGUCCAUCCAGCUGAGAUGCACGAACGAAGCAUAUGCGCCCAGAAGCAAUGUUGGAGGUUAUGUGGGGCAGUUGGGCAAGCUUAAGCUUCAUCCCGUGACGGGACGGUUGAUUCUGGUCCUGCUCCUUCUAAUGAAGAACCCCAGUACCCCAGUCACAUCAAUCGUAUGUGACAGGCUAGACUGGGACUUCUUCUACAGAAUAUCGUCAAUAGGAUCAACCGCAUACUCACCUUUAGAUCGGUUGCGCCAUCUUCAGCUCGACUUCACGUUGCUACACGAUCAUGCGGUUGCAGCAAGCCUGUCCUGCCCUGAGAACUUUGAGCAAUUUUUCAAGGCUACGUCCAAUCUUGAGGUACUGAUCCUGGACUUUGGGGCCUAUGACAAUUAUGAUAUUGCUGAUGGCGCAGAAGCAAUAGGAAAUGCGAUUCUUGCUUCCAGAAAAUGGUCACGCCUAAAGACAUUAUCCCUUGCAGGCUUCAUAUUUGGACAUGACGAGCUGCUUAACUUCCUGGACCUCCAUCCGACCUUGCGGAACCUGCGUCUUUCCCAGAUUUUCUUGUACUCAGGUACUGUUCUGUCACUGAUUCUCGAACUGCGGAAAAACGCGUCUCUGAAUCACCUUUCUUUUCAUGGCGUUUAUGAUGAUCGUAUCUUCGAAGAUGACCUUUCUGAAGGGAGCGGGAGUUGUAUAGCACCUGCAAAUGUGAUGCAUAGUUUGGGGCAAACCGAUUCUCGGUCGAUAUCAUGCUCUCCGGAUGAAGAGGGUCCAAGAUGCGCUGGGUACAGGGCCGAUGAAUGGUUUGGGGGUGAUGGCUCAUGGUGCACAUGUGAUGGCACACCCGCAGACGAGAGCACUUCUCCAUCUUGUUGA